AUGGAAACAACUGUGAGUAGUACUAGUGGUGGUGGUGGGGUUACAGUGGUGGGAUCCGAUGCUCCUUCAGAUUACCAAAUCGCUCCUAGGUCCGACCACAACCCGAAUUCAACACCUGGAUCCGCGCCCCCUGCUCCGCCGCAAGCUCCACCUCCGCAUCCGCCGUCUGCGGCGGCGACUAUGCUAGUGAAGAAGAAGAGAGGGAGGCCUAGAAAGUAUGGUCCGGACGGGAGUGUAACCAUGGCCUUGUCUCCGAAGCCGAUUUCGUCGGCGGCUCCGGCGCUGUCGCCUCCGGUGAUUGAUUUCUCAGCUGAGAAACAAAAGAAAAUAAAGCCAGUGAGCAAGGCCAAGUAUGAGCUGCAGAAUUUAGUUACAUACACCCAUGCCCUACAGGUUGAGGAGCCUUUAACUACUGUUGCAGAGAACUUCUGCCUGGAGAUUGAAGAGUCCCCAAAUAUAUAUACUGGUGCUCAAGUCAUACCAGCCAUUGAUUCAUGGGACUUUCUUUUGCUCAUCCAAUUUGUAAGUGAAUGGGUUGCAUGCUCUGUAGGUGCUAAUUUUACUCCCCAUAUCAUCACAGUCAAUGCAGGCGAGGAUGUCACGAUGAAGAUCAUAUCAUUUUCUCAACAAGGGCCUCGAGCUAUAUGCAUCCUCUCAGCCAAUGGUGUGAUAUCUAGUGUUACACUUCGUCAGCCUGAUUCUUCAGGGGGUACAUUAACAUAUGAGGGCCGCUUCGAGAUAUUGUCUUUGUCUGGUUCUUUUAUGCCCACCGAAACUGGAGGAACAAGAAGCAGAUCUGGUGGGAUGAGCGUUUCAUUAGCAAGUCCAGAUGGACGAGUUGUAGGUGGUGGAGUUGCCGGUCUGCUGGUAGCUGCAAGUCCCGUGCAGGUUGUGGUAGGCAGUUUUCUGGCUGGGAACCAGCAUGAACAGAAGCCAAAGAAACAGAAGCAUGAUUCAUUAUCAGGUGUCAUGCCGACUGCAGCCAUUCCUAUUUCUAGUGCUGAUCCUAAAUCCAACUUCUCAUCUGCCUCAUUUCGUGGAGAUAGUUGGUCUUCUUUGCCUCCUGAUUCAAGGAAUAAGCCGGCUGAUAUUAAUGUAACUUUGCCAGCUGGGUAA